AUGCCUGAUCUUCUGGACCUGGAGCUUCAACGUGGAAGGCUGUGUCCGUAUACUGAUAGUAUGGAUAACUCUUUUUUGAUCUCUUAUGUACCUGAUCAGCCGGGGUUGAUGGUUGCGAGUGAAGGCAGCGGGCAUGGGUUCAAGUUUCUGUCUGUGCUUGGAAAGUAUGUUGUUGAUGUCGUUGAGGGCAAAGAAACUGAGUGUACAAAGAUGUUUGCCUGGAGAGAUGUGCCAACAGGCAAGAACAAUGGACUAGAGGAAGGAGAGCAAGGAUGGAGGAUUCUAGACAAACAGAAGUUUGUGCGAAAGGGUGCUUGGAAGUUGCAAGUGAGUCAAGGCUGUGUGGUGCUUACUCUAUGUAUCUCACAAGGUUUCUGUAAGACCGCAGAAUCUCAGCGGUACAUGUGUAUAUAA